AUGUCCUCACAAGACAAUUACAAAAAGUGGUGCGAAAUAGACUUUGAAUUCCUGGGAAAUGUCUCCGGACAGCCCUACGCACUACAGACCAACGUGUACAUCCAAGGAGUGGGUAAUCGCGAACAGCAAAUCUACCUCUGGUUCGAUCCCACGGCUGCGCAUCAUACAUAUCGGUUUCUCUGGAACCAGGAACUGAUUUUGUUCUUCGUGGACAACCGAGCCAUCCGAGUGUUCCAUAAGGCCACAGACCUCGGCAUCUCUUACCUCGAUUACCAGCCCAUGUACGCCAUCGGCAGCCUGUGGAAUGGAGAAGCUUGGGCUACUGAAGGCGGCCGCGUCAAAAUUGACUGGACUCAGCAGCCAUUCGUCGCCUCAUACACGCAGUGGAACGUUACCGACUCAUGCAAAGUCCAGAACGCCACCGGUACGGCCGGUCAGCACGCUUGCUACAAGAAGGCGCACCAGAGUUCAUACGGUCAAGCUCCUAACCUCGCCCUCUCAAAGACUCAGAUCAAGAAUCUCCGAUGGGUUAGGAAGAACUACGUGAUUUACGACUACUGCACCAAAAAUGCGACCGCAACUCCAGAGUGUGCAAGGAACUGGCCUUGAGACUUUCAGAUCUGCACGGCAGUGAAAGGAUAAAAAUGAGCAUCUUCUGCAAUAAAUCAGGAACGGUCUUUGUUUCACGGAAAAAAAUGAAAUAGAAACUAAAUAAAAGAAACAUGUUGUGGAUCGACAACAGGCUUUAUAAUGCCUGUGUGCGAACCUUCGAACUUUUCUGUACAUUUCUGCUGUAGCAAAACACAGAACUGUUAAAUUCUGAUAUGAACCUGAUUGUAUAGUAUUAUCUAGUACUCAACUACAUGGAAGAAGGAGAAAGCUGAAGCCGGUUAGACUUUCAGCUUCUUUCCGGUUCUGAAGCAUGUACAUAGAUAAAAGGAUUAUUUUGUGCAUUAUUGCACGCAUACGUAGCUUGACAAACUUAGGAAUCAAGAUGUAUUCUUUGUGUAUUCAUUCUUUGAAUACAAGCAGGUGAGGAGCAUUUUCCAAAUAAAAAGUUCGG